CCUCGCCCAUAAAGUUGGCUGUUGACUGAUUCUUUGCUCUUCACUAACUGUGUGCUUUCUUCUUCUUUUGUUUCGUGAUCGCCUGUAUUUCAGGCGUAUUUGAUGAAAUUUUCGAGCGAAUACGACCACGAACAGCCCUCCUAUCGACUCUGCGCCUCUUAUCACCAGAAAGUCUUAAACUCUUGAGUUUAAAGACGUCAAAAAAGUGCCUGACGACAGACCGAGUGAACAAGCUUUAGCCAGCCGCUCAAUGACUCACAAUCCACGCCUGAGGCUACUUGUUCCUCUCUGUCUUUGAGGACUCUAGUCAACUGAUAUCUUUAAGUUUUUUUGACUACAUUAACGACGCGAUGCCGAUUGGAGAUCUCCUGGCCCAGAUCAGCGGUGGUGAUGAGGGGUCUUCCGUACCCCCCAAACAGGGCCUGGUCCGGUCGAACACGUUACCCAAAAGGAAGGCCGACGAUGAUCCUCGAUCGAGUAUUUCAAAGGCACCUCGAGUGACCACAUUAUCCAGUACCGUGGCACCACGAACGACACAAUCCCCUACUGCUGUCUCAAGACCCAACCUCCCAUCACGACCCGCCGACAGAUCGAUACCCUCACAACGACCCUCGAACCCCUCGAAUGGCAGUAGUAAACCAUCCGUCUUGUCGUCCAAACCCAUGAAUGGGGGUAACAGGGUCUCCAAGCCUGUUGCCCCCAGCAGACCGUCACCGGGUCCCGCUAGCGCAUCUUCAGCACCACCGAAGAAGGGGUCUUUCGCCGAGAUUCUUGCUCGGGCUCAGAAGGCCCAGCAAUCGAUGGGACAAGUUGGUAAGAUCCAACACAAGAAGGUUGAAGGUGGUGCGUUGAAGAAGGUCAAGGAGGAGCCACCUGCCAAGGUCGAUCCUCGAGCAGCCAAAAGUAUGAAGCAACGUUCAGCACCUGCUCCCUCAGGCUACUCCGGUACAGCGAAACCAGGUCAAAGGCCAGCUCAACGGAAUGGCGCGCCUGUGUCUGGAACCGGAAGGGAUCCGCGUAACGGAAAACCCUUGCCUCCGUCAAAAGCAGAACGUGGCAAGAUAGCCGGCAGCAAGUCCUCAGGCAGAGCCGCACCCCCUGAGGAAGAAACCAAGAAGGUGAAGAAGGCCGCCAUGGCUACGACUGGUUAUACUGGCACAGCCAGACCCAGACCAGGAGGUGACGUCGGCAAGAAGAAGAAGGAAGCCCCUCGUGGUGGCGCAUUACUCAGUGCCCCACGAGCUCCUCGUCCAUCACGUUCAAAGUCACGAUUUGAAGACGAUUACGACGAGGAUCUGGAUGAUUUUAUUGACUAUGACGAUGAAGAAGACGACGGUGGUCCACGAUAUGAUUAUGCUUCCGAUGGUUCUUCAGAUAUGGAGGCGGGCAUGGAUGAUAUCGACGACGAAGAGCGGCAAGCAGAGCGACUUGCCAAAAUCGAAGAUCUCAAAGAAGAGCGACUCGAGAAGCAACUCAAGGCCGAGAAAGAGGCUCGUAAGCGACAGGCCUUGGAAGCCAUGCGUGGUCGGCGCUGAUGAUGGAAACAUCUCGACGUCUACUUGUACCAUCUAUUUGGUCACUCACCUUAGCUGUGUCUAUCGUGCUUGGAGCUUACUCCCAUAGCAUCGGACAUUACCGACCCUCACUCACCUUUGGAUAUCUGCACCAUCCUUUCCCACUCGAGAUUUCUUCGCACGCAAGCAACGUUCGAGGAGUUUGCUAGCAAGGGGCGUUUCACGAGCUUGACUUUUUGAUCACAUCUUCACAACUACCCCUUUUUGCACUUUGCUUCCGAUUGUUUUAGGUUCAGGGGCUACAUUAGCGACGGAGUUGUCAUCUUUCCUCCCCCAUUUUAUUUCCCUUUGUUACGUCUUCAUUCAGGGGUGGUUUGCAUGGUUUUGGCAAAGGACACUGGCGAUGCGGAUGGAUUACAGACAAGAAGGGGACAAAACCAUUGAAGCUUUUUUUUUGUCAAGGGAUGGCGAAGUCGAUGUACUGUAGACAGAGAUGGAUAUAUGUAGACAACGCUUCACAAUGGCAUCGUUGUCUAGAAGUAAUUGUUAAACCUCACGAGUCCUACGACAUCCUAUCAUAUACGCAAGACUUCCUGUUUCAACGUGAUCUGUUCUUUUACAACUCUGGUGUUGUUUGAACCUCAGUUCCUCAUUCUAU